UAUUAUGAACUUCCCUGUUCUGUUGCAUAACCUUAUUAUGUUGAGUGACUGGCAAAAGAAUGAAUGGAAGCUUGUAAUUUUAUGUCAUUGUCCUGAAUGUACCCUAGACCAACCAGUAGGAAAUGUUUUUUUUAUGUUUUAUUGUACUAAAUGUAUGUAUACCAAAAUGGCAUCUAAAUAAUAUAUGUUACUCUCUAAAAAGCUGGAUGAUGUAAAUAAUUUUGAUCUUUCAAAAAACAAAAUUAUUUUUUUUCCAUUGAUUUAUAUGUGAUUCAAGAACUCCUCUUUUCUACCCCCAAAUUUCCCUAUGUCAAAUGAACACCUUGUAUAAUUGUUUUAAGUGACUGCAAAGGAGAAUCAAAUGAUCUUGAACCUUUGGUUUUAUUAGCAUUAGGGCACCAUUAAAAGUACUGCAGGUUGCAAUUCUCCACCGAUAUCUUGGUAGAAAUAUCUUUAUGGAUUUCAUGGCAUUAUCAAUAAUAGUUGAUGCACUUAUUGCUUUUACUGUCUUUCGGCUUCAUUUGCAUAGAGUUAAUCUCCUGUUUGCUUUAGAUUGCAGUCUUAUGUUUUACAAUCAAUACAACUGUAGAAAGGCUGUCUCAAAGCAUUUCCAAUAGUUUUGACCAUAACAGGAGAAAGGGUAGAAAAAAGCAAUCCUGGAAAUAUUUCAUCAUAUAAAAACAUCAAUACAGUCUCUAUAUGUGCUGGAGAAUUCAGCCAACUCAAUUAUCUUGGGAUUUCUUUGCAGUCUCCGGAAUAUGUUUAGCCAAGGGUAUCCAUUCUACCUCUUGGUUCAGAUCAAUAUGGCACCGAACUAAUUUGUAUCAAUGAACACGAUUGGAUGACUAUAAUGUUUGAAUUCAGAUAUUGAUUGUCAGUAGCAGGAUGGAUCUGAAACUUCCACAGUAGGCUUUCUGGCUCUAUAUAGUAUGAUGGAAUGGAGUGUGGUUUUUUUUUAAGCAGUCAAUGAAGCAAUCUGUUAAUGUUACUUGUAUUGUGUAAGGGUUAAAGAAAUAGUUCAGACAACCAGAAACUGUACAUUGAAACUCUAUUAGUUCCGAGAAAGGUUUGGAAAAUAGAGAAUUAUUUCAAUGAAUGAGGAUAGAUGUUUGACAUUUUGAUUGAGUCGGAAGUAAUCGAAGGAAUAUUGGAUUCACGGAUUGCAGACCAUCCACCUAGGAUUCAGCUGAUGGGAAUAUGUUAUGUGCUUUAGUUGCGGAUUUGUAAUAUUGCUUAACUUUGGUAUUUGGAUGUAGCUUUUACUGAGGUUAACUGAACCGAAGAAGUUUAUAUAAAAUCAAGAAUUCAGGUAUAUUGUCCCGUACCAGAAGAUAAAACACUCAUCAAAUAUGGCUGUCCGGUAUUUUAUGUUUGGGCUAAAUUGCCAAAAUGACCCUGGAACGAAAUCUACAGCCUGAGUACUCGGCAGUUAUAAUGAGUACAGCACCCCACAGAUCAUCCAACCUCGACGUACCCCAGCAUCAGCAUCAGCCGCACCGCGAUGAACCCAUCAACAGCCGAAACAGUCCGAGCACACUCAAUGUCCUCACCACCAGCUCCGAUUUUGAGUUCUCCAAUAGUAUGCUCCAGUUGGACCAUGACCUUGACCAGCUGAGUUUGACAGAGAAGUCAGAUGACUCCUCCUCCUCUAACUCCCCCACAGAGCCCCACUCUGCACCUGUCACCCCUGCCCACCGCCAGGAGAGACCACCCAUCACUGUAGGAUACCGCCGCGCCACGCAGGGGGGAUUCCUGGAAGGACUUCUGGGAUGUCUGAGGCCAGUGUGGACCAUCAUAGGGAAGGCCACCACAGCAGAGCUCAAGCAACAAGAUGACUGGGAGAUCCCUUUUGAAAAUAUCACAGACUUGCAAUGGUUGGGCAGCGGGGCCCAGGGGGCUGUUUUCCUCGGCAAACUGAAUGGGGAGGAAGUGGCCGUCAAAAAGGUCAGGGAUGUCAACGAAACGGAUAUCAAGAACCUGAGGCGACUCAACCAUCCAAAUGUCAUCACGUUCAAGGGUGUGUGUACGCAAGCUCCGUGUUAUUGCAUCAUCAUGGAGUACUGUCCCUACGGUCAGUUGUACGAAGUCUUGAGGGACGGGAAGGAGAUCCCACCUGCUUUGAUCCUGGACUGGGCCAAGCAGAUAGCCAGUGGCAUGCACUACCUUCACAGUCACAAGAUCAUUCACAGAGACCUCAAGUCACCUAAUGUUCUUGUUGCCAAAAAUGAUGUUGUAAAAAUAUCCGACUUUGGCACAAGUCGAACCUGGAAUGAAAAGUCUACAAAAAUGUCCUUUGCGGGAACUGUAGCAUGGAUGGCACCAGAGGUGAUCAGAAAUGAGCCUUGUUCCGAGAAAGUGGAUAUAUGGUCCUUUGGGGUGGUUGUGUGGGAACUUUUGUCAUCAGAAAUUCCAUACAAGGAUGUGGAUUCCUCUGCUAUUAUCUGGGGAGUAGGAAGCAACAGCUUACAUCUUCCUGUUCCCUCUACAUGUCCAGAAGGAUUCAAAUUGCUGAUGAGACAAUGCUGGGAAGCUAAAACCAGGAACAGACCUUCCUUCAAGCAAGUGCUAAUGCACUUAGAAAUAGCUACACCUGAGCUUCUUAAAUACUCGUACCAAGACUUUAUUAAUGCACAGGCUAUAUGGAAGGAUGAAAUCAGGGAACAGUUACAACUGAUUAGAUGUGAGGGAACACAUAUGCCUCAUCUUGAGGAGGAACUCAUUAAACGUAGAAGAGAGGAGCUCAGACAUGCUCAAGAUGUACGCGAGCACUACGAGAGGAAGCUCGAGCGAGCUAACAACCUGUACAUGGAGCUCACUGCAUGUAUGCUACAGUUGGAGAAGAGGGAGAGAGAACUGUUAAAGCGUGAACAGCAGCUGGCCAUGUAUUCCAAAACAAGAAAGAGUAUAGUUAGACCUGUGAUAAGAGCACAGGAGCGGAUUGAUCGACUCAGCAAGAAGAGAGCAUACAAGUCUGGCUCAGAACUCACAAGCCCAGAUAAUCCUGAGGGAAUAAUGGACAGCAGCAUGACUACAAGUUCAGAACAGGUUUUACCAUCUCCCACAAAACUACGCAUGCGUAAAAGCCGUCAUCGUCGAAGCAACAGUAAAGGCAGCCUCGGUAGCAUCUUUUCAAGUCCGGCAAAGGCAGUGGUGGAAGCAGAAGAGGAUUUGAGCGAGUACCAUCUCAGACACUGUGAUGAAAUGGAUGUCACUCCACGCGUUUUCAAAUUCAUGGGGCCUGGAACAGCCCUCAGGGAGUACAAGUCGACAGAGGAUUUACAUCUACCCAUGAGUGAUAGUGACCACACUCACCGGCCGUCUGAACUCAAACAAGUGGACGAAGUUGCCGAGAAAAGUGUAAAUGAUGUUUGUUUUGGGUGUGACGGAGUUUGUAGUGAUCACACAUGUAGCAGUAAGCGGUCCAGUCGAAUAAGUGCUGACAUUGAGAGCAACGCAGGGGAUUCCCCUUGCUCACCCUGCCCAAUGAGUCCAUCUCAAACAAUGUGCGAUAUAGAGGAAAACUGUGUAAAUGAAAACCAAUCAAAAGAGCAGACAGAUCUUGCAGUGGAAAAUGAGACAAGUUUUUCGCGGGAUAAGGACUCCAAUGAAAACAUUAGCAACUUCCCAGUCAGGAGUGGACUAACGCAUAUAGGUGGAGAUUCCCUGUGCACUAGUGACUUACACAAUGAAGAAGAUAACACUGUCAUAUAUAAUUGUGUUAAACGAACUUCUAGUGAUUCAGAAAUUCGAAGGUCGCCAAAAUUAAUGCAGCACAGACUUUCCAGUAUUGACUCUUUAGAUUCUGCCCCUGCUGUGGGAAGGGAGAGAAGAAGAGCUAGGGCACACAAGAAUUCGGAGGAUUCUUGGUCUGAAGAGGAGGGGGAAGUGAGUGAAUAUGAGCAUGCGAAUAGGAAGCGAAGGUCGUAUUGUUCCACGCUGAGCUCCGAGGGCUGUCUUUCGGAGGAUGAGAACAACACCAGCGAUCAUUCCACGUCCUUCAAUGGUGACGGACUGCUCUCUACAAACAGCUCGGAGAACCUGCAGAUGGAGCUAGCUAAUUGUGCUGUGACUUCUGACGGGCUGUCGGACAAAGAGCUGACUGUUAGGAAGAUGGCACAGCAAGUAUCCAACUCACCAGAGAGGGUCUUUAAGACAUCAGAUAGCAGUUCAGACUCGGACGAGUGCUCAGACAUUACAGUAUCAACCACGGUACACCGCGCACAGCCCUACGAAUCCCAUGCCUGGUGACAGUGUACGGAAGAUUAACUGUCAAAUUACAAUGGCAUAUAUCUUAGACUGUGUAUAAACAUAGAUUCCAUGUUGAAAUGGACCCAGUGACAAGGAAAAUUUUUUAUUUCGUUGCUAUUUAUAAGGUUGUUGAUAAUUGAAAUAUCAGUUAUAGUCCUGUUGUUGAUAUCACUGUGCAUCAUACUCAGUACAUUGUCUGCAUAUCAUUACACAUCUGUGCUUCAUAAUCACUGUGUUAAAGGUAGCUAUAUCACUUUAAAAAGUUCAUUCUGUGCAUUGAUGUGUCAUAUGGUGACAUAUUGCUUUGGAAUCCAAAAUAUAUAAUAUAUACUGCAGUGUUGCCAUGCAAUGCAGAGCUCUGUUUUAAAUAUUUGUUUGAAUUAUAGGGAUAAGUAUUUCGGCCUGAUUUUAAAUUACAGGUGUCCCAAUGUUCAAUUUUCUUUUUUCAAUUAAAACAUGAUAAUUUACAUAUUCUACAGUUCAAAGUACUUAAUGUAUUUCUGCAAGUCUGAUAGAAAUGAAGAAAUCCAAUAUUUUGUAUGAAUGGACCAUUGUCUCUUGUUAUUGCGUGUAUUCCCCCAAAGACCCCUAGUCUGAAACUAGUCCUAUAAGAUUCUUAAAUUAAUUGAUAUAGAGCAUAGAUUUUCCUAUCAAUUUUUAUCUGAAUGUCUUUAUUAGUAAUUUUUAAAAAUUACCUAAAUGAGUCAGAAUUUUAAAAAUUGUUAAAACUUAAAAACCGUUCUUACGUAUGAAGAGAGCCAUUUUAACAAGACCAUUUUCUGUCUUGUAGAAAGAUACGAGUUUGAAUUUAUCACAAACUAAAACACACAAGUUCAUGACUCAUUUUCACGGAACAGUAUUUUGAAUUGUUAUUUUGGGUACAAUUAUUUCAAUGUGUAAUAUUAUAGUUUUCGUUACACCAACCAACAAGUUCUAGCAUGGCUGUUACCCCCCAGGGACCUGUUCUUUUCAUUCAUAUUUUGCAGUGCUUCCAAUUUACUGGAUUUAUUUUGCCUUCCAUUCAAUGUAUCCAGAAACAAGUACAUGUAUAACCAACCAAGUCAUAUUUUGAUGAUUUCCAUUUUACAUUAUGAUGUUUGGGAAACACGAUUCUACCAUAGUUUACUUUUUUCGGAUUUUGUUGUACAUAUCAUAUUCAGGAUUGCAGCCUGGUUUACCUCUUGGUACAAUUUUUUUUGUAUAGAAUUUUUUAAUUUACCUUUGUUUGCCAAGUGCUCAUUUUUAUUUGACUUUUUUUUAUUCUGUUGAAACAUUCCAAUAUUUUAUUGAAAUAUUGUUGACUGUUGUAUGUUUUUAUCUUAUUGUUGAUACAAUUUUUCAGAACUUCUACAUACAUAUGACAAGCAAGUUUUGUUUUCAGAAUGUGCUUCUUUGAGUUUUGCACAUAUAAAAUUUGGCCACAUUUGGACGAGCAAUAAUUGUGCUGGAGAGCAGAUGUAAACUUUGUGGUAUAUUAAUUGAUUUUAUUGAUAGCAAAUGUGUAUAUAGAAUGCAUUUUAACAAGGCCAAUACUGCUUUAUGUCAUCUCUUAUCUGUUUAUUGCAGAUGAUCAUGAUUCAAUAGUGUUUUUUAAACACUGUCCUCUGACUAUAAAAAAAAAGUCUUUAUUGUGUUGGAAUUGUAAAUAAAAAGUCUGUGACAUA